AUGGAUCAUAGACUUUUUACCCAGACAGCAGAAGCUGAUGAGGGCCCUAGUCCUCCAGAGCAGUUUACUGCGGUCAAACUGUCUGAUUCCAGAAUUGGCCUAAAACCUGGCCAUGGAAAAUACCUUGGUAUAAAUUCAGAUGGAUGUGUUGGGCGUUCAGAUCCAAUUGGACCAAAACCAGUCUUCCAAGAUGGGAAAAUGGCUUUACUGGCCUCAAAUAGCUUUUCUAUUAGAUGCAAUGAAGUAGGCAAGAUAAAAGCAAGAAGUAAAACAGGAGAAGAAGAAAUGAUAAAGAGCAGAUCCUGUGCUGAAAGAGAAACUAAGAAAAAUGAUAUUCCAGAAGAAGACAAUGGAAAUAUUAAACAGUGUGAAAUCGAUUCUGUGAAGAAAUUUCAGAGCUUCCAAGACCACAAACUUAAAAUAAGUAAAGACCAUAAAAUACUUAAAAAAGCCCAGAAAGACAGAUUUUUGUCUGAAACACUUCUGGACAAGAGAACCAAAUUGAAAGCUGAUAGAUAUGCAAAUGACCAUGAUUUUUACAUGGUGGUCUUGGAUGAAAGAUGCAAGCAUGCUGGCUCUGUUGAUAUCACUAUCUGUGCCUUUGGGAUAAGAGUUUUUAAAAGAUGCGAGUGGAAGAGCACACCGGAGAGCAAAACCUCCCACUGCUGGGAGCAGGUGUGUGAUGCCAGGAGCGGUAGGUGUAACCUCGAAGACAUGAAAGAGGAGUUCUGA